CGCCCCUAUCCGCGCAAGCGCAUUUGAUCCUCCUGCUCGGAUUUCGGGUCUUGUUUCUGCGGGUGAGAGGAAUCAGAGACCGAGGAUCGAGGCCCAGUCCCGGGGCGUCUGUCUCUGUCUCGGUGAAUGGAAGAAGCACUGGGACCGGGAAUGGCUGAGCUCAUUCCUUCAAUCGCCUUGGAUGCAGUUCUGAAGCCCAGCGUGACAAUUCCUGAGGGCUCUCUGCAGGUUAAAGGGUACGAUUUCAACAGAGGCAUUGACUACCAGGCACUGAUGCAGUCCUACCUCACCACUGGAUACCAGGCUACUAGCUUUGGACAUGCUGUCGAACAAAUUAAUGCAAUGAUUGAGAAGAAGUUAGAGCCAUUGGAUGAAGAUGACCAGAAUACAAUCAAUCUGAACCCGUGUCAACGAGAGAGAUCAGGCUGCACCAUCUUCUUGGGAUACACCUCCAACCUCAUCAGUUCCGGCAUCCGGGAGACCAUUCGCUACCUCGUGCAGCAUAACAUGGUUGAUUGUGUGGUGACCACAGCAGGUGGUGUUGAAGAGGAUCUGAUCAAAUGUCUUGCUCCAACCUUCCUGGGGGAUUUCAGCCUAAAGGGGAAAGAGCUUCGUGACAAUGGCAUUAACAGAAUUGGAAAUCUCCUGAUUCCCAAUGAGAACUACUGCAAAUUCGAGGACUGGGUGAUGCCCAUUCUGGAUCAGAUGGUCCUGGAGCAGAACGAGCAGGGGAUGAAGUGGACUCCAUCAAAGGUGAUUGCUCGACUAGGGAAGGAGAUUGAUAAUCCAGAGUCAGUCUAUUAUUGGACUUCCAAGAAUAACAUUCCUGUCUUCAGCCCAGCUCUGACAGACGGCUCUCUUGGCGACAUGAUCUAUAUCCACUCAUACAGGAACCCUGGGCUGGUGCUGGAUAUUGUUGAAGAUAUCCGCAGAAUCAACAACAUGGCGGUGUACGCCAAGCGAACCGGAAUGAUCAUUCUGGGUGGGGGUGUGGUAAAGCAUCAUAUCGCCAACGCUAAUCUCAUGAGGAACGGUGCGGACUAUUCUGUGUAUGUGAACACGGGUCAGGAAUUUGAUGGCUCGGAUUCUGGAGCCAGACCGGAUGAAGCUGUUUCUUGGGGUAAAAUCCGCAUGGAUGCAAAGCCUGUGAAGGUUUGUGCCGAUGCCACUCUGGUGUUCCCUCUGUUGGUCGCUGAAACGUUUGCUCGGAACUUCAAUGCACUUUCCCCUCAGUCAAAGAUGCUUUAAUCCCUGAGCUCCGCUUCCUGGGCACUGCAGCUGCAGUCCUAGAAUGCUGCCAGUGGCACCUACCCUGCUGGAAUUAGAUGCCAGCCUUCUCCGGUUACUCCUCAUUUCUCAUGAGAGUCAAGUGCUGCUGCCCAGGCAACUUGCUGUGGUUCCCAAGCCCAGUGAUCAGUGUAGAAUUGAGCAUGGGUGUGUGCGGGAAUCCUGAGAAUGAGCUGCCACUGAUGCACAAUCAACGCUGAACUUUUCAACUAUUUAGAAAGAUGAAUGUUGCUUUGAGUUUCGUGUGGACAAAACCCUGCUUUACUUUUCUGCUUUAAAAUUUGCCAGGGGGGUGGUGGUGGUGUGAUGAUCAUGGGUGGAGAGGUUGGAGUCAGUGAAAUUGGGGCAAUGAAUAGAUACAGUGCUAAUAUGGAUUGAGGGAAUUUCUGGGAUUAACAGAACUACAGUGAAGAGUUAGCUGCAGCAUGAAUGCUGUUUGGUUGAGUGUUUGAUCUGUGCCAGUGGCAGGUCACGUCUUUCACCAAGUGUGGGCAGGUCCCACCUGACAACCCAAGAUCCUAAAUCCAUUCUGCUCCCCCUUCACUCGCUGCCGGGGGUGGGGGGUGGGGGCGGCAUGUUGUGGACAGCAGGAGCCUGUUGGGUGAGGCUAGCUGGAGCAGUCCUGAAAUGCUGCCCCUACCCACCCCAGUCUAGUAUCUAGGGUAGACCAGGUGGCCAGAGUAACUCCUACAGACUGAAAGAGUUUGCUAAUUAUUCAUUUUUUUUUAUUUAAACUGUGACCGCUGUUUCCUGAAUAUUAAUAAAAUCAGUUAAUGAAACCA